GCAGGCCAAAGUCUUGAAAGUAUGGAGCUCCUGGGUGGCGAGCCCGUUAAGGUGGAAGCCUACACAUCAGAAGCCAAGGCUGCUGGAAGCCCAACGCUGUCCCCAACCACACCCGUCAACCUGGAGUUGCCGGUGAAGCUCCGCCUUGACCAUUGUUCCUUGCAAAUGGCGCAGUAUGAUGAAGAUGACGAAGACGAGGAGCUGGAGGAGCCACGAGAGUCUUCCACUCCGGCGGACACCUUGCUGGAGCCAGCACAGGACUGGAUUUUCAACGUUGCCCAGGGUGCAGAAUGGUUUCCUGAUGUGUGGAACUCCCCCAUGACAGAUACUUGGGACCCAUGGUUCUCACCAAAGUUGGACUCGCCCUAUGCAGAUGAGCAGCUCGAGGCUGCUCUUGCAGCGACGCCGCCAGACUAUGUCAGCCUUGGUUCAGCUCUCCAUGGAACAGGUGCUUGCCGACCGUGUGCAUGGUACUGGAAGCCGGGAAGCUGCCAGAACAAGGAGAGCUGCAGCUACUGCCACCUUUGUCCUGAAGGCGAACUGAAAGCAAGAAAGAAAGCAAAGGUAGCAAUGAUGCGAAUGGGUGUCAUUACUCCGAAGGCAAAAGAGCAGACAGGAGAAGUUCUGAAUUUGUCUUCUCUGGUGUGA